GCCCGCCGAGCCAUGUCGUUGAGCCCCAAGCACACGACGCCCUUCUCCGUGUCCGACAUCCUGAGCCCCAUCGAGGAGACCUACAAGAAGUUCGGUAGCGCUAUGGACGGCGCGCCGCCCGGGUUGGGGGCGCCCCUGGGGGCCGCGGCCACCGCCUACCGCGCGCCGCCUCUCGGCUCUUCCUCGCAGGCGGCCGCGGCGGGCAUGCAGCCACCUCACGGUAUGGCGGGCCACAACGCGGCGGCGGCGGCGGCGGCGGCGGCGGCAGCGGCGGCCGCCACCUACCACAUGCCGCCGGGCGUCUCGCAGUUCCCGCACGGCGCCAUGGGCGGCUACUGCAACGGCGGCCUGGGCAACGUGGGCGAGCUGCCCGCCUACACGGACGGCAUGCGGGGCGGCGCGGCUGCCGCGGCCACCGGAUGGUACGGCGCCAACCCGGACCCGCGCUACUCGUCAAUCUCUAGGUUCAUGGGGCCGUCGGCAGGCGUGAACGUGGCCGGCAUGGGGUCGCUGACGGGGAUCGCGGACGCCGCCAAGUCGCUGGCGCCGCUGCACGUAGCAGCGGCCGCGGCGCCGCGAAGGAAGCGCCGCGUGCUCUUCUCGCAGGCUCAGGUCUACGAGCUGGAGCGGCGCUUCAAGCAGCAGAAGUACCUGUCGGCGCCUGAGCGCGAGCACCUGGCUAGUAUGAUCCACCUGACGCCGACGCAGGUGAAGAUCUGGUUCCAGAACCAUCGCUACAAGAUGAAGCGGCAGGCCAAGGACAAGGCAGCGCAGCAGCUGCAGCAGGAGGGCGGCCUGGGCCCGCCGCCCCCGCCCCCGUCCCCGCGCCGCGUGGCGGUGCCCGUGCUGGUUAAGGACGGCAAGCCCUGCCAGAACGGCGCGGGCACGCAGACGCCCGGCCCGCAACCGGCCGCCCCGACGCCCGCGCCCGAGCUCGAGGAGCUGUCUCCCAGCCCGCCCGCGCUGCAUGGCCCGGGGGGCGGCCUGACGGCCCUGGACGCGGCCGCGGGGGACUACGGCAGCGGGGUGCUCGGCGCCAACCUGCUCUACGGCAGGACGUGGUGA